AUUAUAUAUCUAAUUCUGUUAUAAUUUUAGUUCGAUAUAAAUUUGUAAACGUAAAAUGGGAUUUCAAAAUUUAAAUAUAUUGGAAAAUUUAUAGUUAAAUUUUGGCAUAGCAAAAAUUUCAGUAAUUUUUCCGGUCAGCCGUGGCUUAAACGGUAAUAUUUACAAUAAAAGUGCAACUAAUGUAAACUCACCACAUAUUGUACAUGUUUUUCUAAUAAAAUUGUCUAAAGUCCUUCUGUCAUUUUUUUAGUAAACAAAACAACGUGGUGGCCAUUUAAAUCAGUUCAAAUUCUUAUUCUAAAUUUAUAAUUUUUUAAAAUGGGUAAAACAAAAAAAAACCGCCCUCAUAAAAAAAAAAAUAAUCCUAUUGGUAUUCCAAGUGUGAAAGAAUUUGAGGAAUUCGACGAUAGUGAUUUGGAAUCCCAUUCACCUAUUCAAGCAAUCAUAGAUGGACUGCAAUCAGGAAAUGAUGACAAGCUAAAUGCAUUACAAAAUUUAGCAGUAAUAUCUUUGAAUAUGGAAAAGGUUAAAUUAAUUUGUCAAAGUGAUAUUGCAAGAAUUGCGGCUCCACUUUUGUUCGAUCCAAAUGAUGAAGUACGUAAUGCAGCAGCUGGAGCUUUAAGAAAUUUAUCUGUUUGCAGUAUUGAAGUUUGUGAAUUCCUUGUAGAACAAGAUGUUAUGACUCCUCUUUUGGCUUUACUGAGUAAAUAUGCUGCGAAUUCUUGGAUACCCAAAUUUGAUCCAGAGUUAAAAAAUCAAAUGGAUAUCAAAUCUGAUACGUUUUUGCAAUCUGUAAAUUUAUUGUGGAAUCUUUGUGAAAGUACCUCUGUGGCUUUAGAUAAUUUUAAUCAAACACAACUAUUGAACAGUUUCAUACGUUGCUUAGAUUACAAUAUUUAUGGCCUUGAAAUUGCUAUAGGAGUUGCACAGUGUAUUUUAGUAAUUUCAGAAGAUAAUCGGAACACUUGGACAAUAUUGAUGGAAUAUUUUGUACCACAAGCAAUGAAUGCAUUAAAUAAUCUAGAUGAAGAUUUUCAGCAUGUUAUGUUAAGAACCGUGCUUGCUGCAAUUUUAUCUAAUAUUCCAGCAGUAGCUGCAGCAAAUUCUAAUUUAAUCUUGACGACUCUUUCCAAAACACUCAAUUUUAGUCAUAAAGAAAUUUUGAACAGAAUAAGCAGUACACUGCCUCUAGAAAAAAAAGACGAUUUUUCCGAAAUUAAUGAAAAUUUCAUAGAAGAGGAAACUGCUGCGGAAGCAAAUUUAAGACAUCGCAAAAUGGAUUUACCGUCGGACAUUGAAAUUGAAAUUAAAAAUGUUGGAUUGUUAUUAGAAGCUCAACGUAUUGCUGCCGAGACUAUAUCUAAUCUAUGUUCUCAGGAAGAUGAAGAAUGGGUGGAUGAGGACGAGUCUGAUAAUGAAAUGGUUCAUGACUAUGACGUAUCAAAUCAUAGUAGCUCUACAAACUUACAAAAUAUAGACAAGAUCCCAGUAGAAAUUCUGGAAGCAGUAAAAUCCUUAGGUUUGGUUGAACAGCUGUGGUUGAGAGUACAGACUUUAGCCGAUAACGUUUUUCAUAUACUACGAGAAUCAGCUCCAAAUCUUUUGAAGAAAUUCAAAAGCUUAAGAAUUUCUGCUCUACUUUGUUUACAAAACCUUUGCAAUUGCUUGUCUACAGAAGAUUUAGGGGGGGCAGAUGCCAUUUACAAUGUUUGGGUUGAAAUUGGGCAACAAGUGUUUCAAGGACCACAAGACCCUCUUGUUUUAGAGCCCGCCACUUCCUUAAUGCGUUCAACUCUAGAACAUUUGAAAUCUAGGCCAGACUUAUUUGAAAAAAUGACUGAAAAUGAUUUGCAAAUGAUAUUAAAAGGUUUACACAAUUGCACAAUGUCUGAAAUUAGAGCGAAUUGGAUAAGAAUGCUAGGCAUUCUAGGAUGUUUGUUGCCCGAAGUUUUAGUUAAGUUAAUAAUGGCAUUUAUUCUGGACACUUGCCAAAAUGAAUAUGACGUUUGGACAAUAUCUGAAGGCUUGGAUGCUUUCAUGGAUAUGUUUGAAAACAACGACUGGCAUAAUAUUUUGCAAGAAUUAAAUAUUUUACAAAAAACUAAGGAAUUCGAAAGAGUUCUGAGGAAUAAAAUGAGACAACAAAAACGUGAUUUGAAAGAUCGAUACCCUGCUGUACAAACGGUACGAAGCAAUCUCCAAAGAUUUAAUAAAUAUCUUGAGAAAGAAAUGAGCAAACUUUCUUGAAUCAAAAAAUAAAAAUACCAACGUAAUUGUAAGAAUCGAUUUCAAUAGUUAUUUUAUAUAAAAUAUAAUAUUAUACUUUAAUAUGAAAGAAAAAAACCUACAUAUUUAUAUACAUAUAUAUGUACAAAUACAAUA